AUGGAUAUCGCACAGGCCGUCUCCGGCUACAUCACUAAGAUGGUGUCGGUGGGAGACAGCGCUGCCGCAGGCACCUCUGCUGCUAAGAUGAAGAUACUCUUGUUGGACAACGAGACUGUCACAAUAGUAUCAACAGCGACGACACAAUCCGCUCUCCUCAGCCAUGAGGUCUACCUGACCGACCGAUUAGACAACGCGAAACGAGAAAAGAUGCGACAUCUUCGAUGCUUGUGCUUCGUACGGCCGUCCCCCGAAUCGAUACAAGGUCUCAUUGAGGAGUUACGGGAGCCGAAGUAUGGGGAAUAUCACAUAUACUUCAGCAACAUCAUCAAGAAAUCAUCGCUGGAAAGGCUUGCCGAGGCAGACGACCACGAGGUGGUGCGCGCCGUUCAGGAAUAUUUUGCUGACUUUCAAGUCAUAAACCCUGACCUCAUGGCCCUAAAUCUCAGCUUUCCAGUGCACAGGUUAUGGAGCACAGGUCCGGAUGCGUGGAAUCAAGACUCGCUGCAAAGAUCAACGGAGGGGGUUAUGGCAUUACUACUUGCGCUGAAGAAGAAACCACUGAUUCGGUAUCAGAAGAACAGUCUGUUGGCCAAGAAGUUGGCUACUGAAGUGCGCUAUCAUAUAACGCAGGAAGAUCAGCUUUUCGAUUUCAGGAAGGUGGAUACGCCUCCAAUACUACUCAUUGUUGAUAGGCGAGAUGAUCCUGUUACCCCUCUUCUUACACAAUGGACAUAUCAGGCUAUGGUACACGAAUUACUCGGGAUCAACAAUGGUAGGGUGGAUCUGCGCGAUGUUCCAGAUAUCAGACCUGAGCUUAAAGAAAUCACACUGUCGCCAGACCAGGACCCGUUUUUCAAGAAGAACAUGUAUUUGAAUUUUGGAGAUCUGGGUCAGAAUGCGAAGGAAUACGUGGAGCAAUUUGCAUCCAAGCAGCAGGGUUCGCAGAAACUCGACUCAAUAGCGGACAUGAAGCGAUUCAUCGAAGACUUUCCUGAGUUCCGGAAACUCUCUGGCAAUGUCACCAAGCAUGUCACUCUUGUAGGCGAACUCAGCCGCAGAGUUGGAGAGGAGAGUCUGCUGGAUUGCAGUGAGCUGGAGCAAAGUUUGGCUUGCACUGACAACCACUCCAAUGACGUUAAAUCGUUACAAAGGAUCAUUCAAGAUCCAAGGAUACCCGCCGAUAACAAGCUGCGACUCACUGCAAUUUAUGCUUUACGGUAUUCGAAGAACUCAUCAAACUCUACACCCAUGCUGCUCGAUCUUUUGAGUGUUAGUGGUGGUGUGCCACGGAAUCGCAUCAAUCUCAUCCCCAAACUUCUAACAUAUCACACUUCGCUCCAGGCUUCAAACGUCGCCGGCGGAAUGCCCGAUCUGUUCCAGCCAGGAUCCUUCUUUGGCGGGGCCCGUGACAGAAUAAAGGGCUUGAAAGGCGUAGAGAACGUAUACACACAACACUCCCCACGGCUGGAGGCGACCUUGCAGGACUUGAUCAAAGGCAGAUUGAACCAACAAGCGUAUCCGUUCGUGGAGGGUGGCGGCUCAACCAAAGACAAACCUCAGGAUGUUGUGAUUUUCAUGGUCGGUGGUACUACAUAUGAGGAAGCCAAAAUGGUGGCUCAGGUGAACGCAAGCUCUCCAGGUGUGCGGGUUGCUCUGGGAGGCACAACGGUUCAUAACAGCACAUCAUUCUUAGAGGAAGUAGAGGAUGCCGUCGGGUCCUGGCCUGAACGUGGUUCCGCGGCUGCAGGUCGGUCAAGGUAA